AUGCCGUUAACUAACGAGACAGAUGAACCAAGUGUAUCCAAGAAUGAUCUUGAACUGGAAGAAACAGUGCUUGCAUUAAAGCGAGAAAAACGAGCAAGAAAAACAAAUGUGACAAAAAUUAGACAUAACUUAGAAAAAUUGUGUGCUCAGAAGAGUAAAUUAAAUCGUGGUGAAAUCGAAGCUGAAAUUGAGGCUUUGUGGGAUGCGUUGGAAACGUGCUUAUCU